AUGGUCUCUGCCAUUGUCUUCUCGCUGCCGCCCGCCUACCCGGCCGUGCUGGGCGUCGCCGUGUCGACCGUCUUCCUCAACAUCUGGCAGAACUUCCUCGUCGGCAGCGCGCGCCGUGCCAGCGGCAUCAAGUACCCGCAGAUCUACGCCGAGCAGGCGGAGCUGGCCGCCGAGGCCGAGGCCGUCUCGGCGCCCGAGAAGCGUGUCAAGUAUAUCUUCAACUGCACGCAGCGCGCGCACCAGAACACGCUCGAGUCGCUCCCCGGCUUCCUCACCGUGCUCGCCGUCGCCAGCACGCGCCAUGCGCGCGUCGCCGCCUGGCUCGGCGGCCUGUUCGUCGUGGGCCGUGCCGUGUACACCGUCGGCUACAUCCAGGGCGACCCGCGCAAGCGCAUGCCCGGCUCGAUCCUCAGCCUCAUCCCCAUGCUCGGCCUGCUCGGCACGGCCACGACCGCCGUGUACCAGCUCGCCAACACGCACGGCCUUGGCCUCUUCUAA